UUAACAAUACAACAGAUUGUACUUUUCAGCAGCUGAUGAGAAACUUAGAUACCAUGAAACAGCUCGACGAUGUAUACUCUUUGAAUCAAGUUAGAAAAAUAGCACCAGAAGCUCAAGAUUAUUGACUUUGCUCUCUUGACGAGGCCCCUGUUCCUUCAAAUUUCCAAGUUGAUGCGAUUGAUAACUCUCCAAAUAAAUUUAGUGCUAAAUUUUCAGAGAAACUUUCUAAAAAUAUUUUAUCAAAGAAUCAAGAAACUCAAGAAGAAAAAGAUGAGCCGAAUAAAGAAAGAAUAGUCAUAAAAAAGAAAAAACGUUAUAGAGAGGAGCUUGACAUCACAAAGAAACUUAAAGGAUUGAGAUGGCUUAUUUUGAAUCAAUAUAUAACUAAAUUUACUUCCUCUCGAAAGAACGCAAAAAGUUCAACUAAAGAUCUUCUAAGAAGAAGAUCCAAGUACAUCGGUGUCUCUAGGAACAACGCUAAUUGGCAAGCUCUUAUCAACGUCAACAAAAUCAAACGUUACAUCGGUACAUUCUCUUCCGAACUCCAAGCCGCUGAAGCAUACGACCUCUACUCAUUCGCACUUCGUGGAGAACAAGCCCCUCUCAACUUCGCCUACACUCCCCUCCAAAUGCUGACCAAAAUCGAAACCUUCCUCUCCCAUACUCCCCCAUAA